AUGACUCUCUCAGGCAUCGGGAUCUCCAUCGACAGCGGUGGCACCUUCACUGAUAUCCACGCAACCAUCCCCGGCAUAUCAGAGGACAUCGCUCUGAAGUUGCUUUCCGUCGAUCCGCAGAAUUACGAUGAUGCACCGACGGAGGGCAUUCGUCGUGUCCUCGAGAUCGCGACCGAGAGCCAGAUCCCACGGAGACAGCCACUUGACCUGAGUAUAGUCAAGAAUAUCCGCAUUGGGACAACAGUGGCGACCAAUGCCCUGUUGGAGCGAAAAGGUGAACGGUCUGCGUUGGUGAUCACCAAGGGAUUUCGUGAUCUACUCUUGAUAGGUAACCGUGCAUCACUGGACAUAUUCGGGUUGACAGGUUCGAUGCCACUGGUGUUGUAUGAAAAGGUGAUUGAGGUAGACGAGCGAGUCGUUCUGGAAGACGUCCCCGAGGGCCCCGAAAGGAUGGUGGCCGAUGUUGACUUUGAUUCAAAACUCAAUACAGGCGUCUCGAAGCAAGCUGUACGGGUUCUGCGAAAGCCGUACCUUGGUAUCGUCCGACAGCAGCUAGAGCCACUCCUUGACGAUGGAAUCACAAGUAUCAGCAUCUGCUUCAUGCACAGCUACGCCUAUCCGGACCACGAGUUGAUGGUGGCAGAUAUUGCUCGGAGCAUGGGUUUCAGUGUGACAAUCAGCUCCCUUAUGCAGCCAAAGAUAGGAAUGGUAGCACGCGGUCAAUCGGCUACCGUGGAUGCGUACCUGACACCUCUCAUUUGGAAACAUAUCGAGUACUCUAGGAAGACCUUCACUAGUCAACUGGGCGGUUCAUUCUUUCCACGAUGCGAUUUCAUGCAGAACGACGGAGGAGUGGUCAACAUCGGCAAUUUGGAGGGAAACAAGGCUAUCUUGUCCGGUCCUGCGGGUGGUGUAUUGGGAUAUGCCUCGACCUGUUAUGACCAGUCGUCUGGCAGGCCACUCAUUGGCUUUGACAUGGGUGGCACAUCAACGAAGAUUUCACGAUUCGCCGGACAAUACGAGCACGUCUCGGAGACGGUAGCUGGCGGGGUCACCCUAGGAAGGCCCCAGCUGAAGAUCACCAGCGUCCCAGCGGGCGGAAGCUCUCAACUAUUCUGGUCAGAGAAGUCCUUUGAAAUCGGACCAAGCAGUGCCGGCGCAUAUCCUGGACCAGCUUGUUAUCGAAAAGGGGGCCCCCUAACAGUCACUGAUGCAAACCUUCUCUUGGGCCGUUUGGUCCCAGAAUGCUUCCCCAAGGUAUUUGGACCAAGUGGGAAUGAAGCACUUGAUUUAACAACCACCAGAAGGAUGUUCGCCGAGCUUUGUUCGAAGAUCAAUGACAGUACUGAGCCAGGCAGGAGUAACUCCACUCCAGAGGAGGUAGCACUGGAGUUCUUGCGAGCUGCAAAUGAUGUUGUGUGUCGCCCUAUUCGCUCGCUGGCCGAAGCACGGGCCUCUGAGACUAAACACCAUGACCUCGUUGCAUUUGGCGGUGCUGGUGGUCAGCAUGCUUGCUUCAUUGCAUCCUCUUUGGGAAUGAGUCGAGUCAUUUUGCACCGUCACAGCUCCAUACUAUCUGCGUACGGCAUGGCCUUCGCCGACCAAGUUUCGGAUCUCCAAGAACCGCUUGAAUGCGUUUUCCACCCGGAUAUCAUUCCUCGAGUCCAAAGCAUCGCGACAUCAUUGCGAGGUAAUGCGGAAUCAGAACUACGCGAUCGAGGGAUUGAGGAUCAUGACGAGAUUGAGAUUGACCUUUAUCUUCAAAUGCAUUACGAAGGAUCUGAUACUGUGUUGAUGAUCCCUAAGCCACAAGAUGGUUGGGGCUUUGCAGAAAUGUUCGCAGAGAGACAUCGACAGGAAUAUGGUUUCACAGUACCACGAACGGUGGUUGUUGACAAUGUUCGAUUGCGUGCAGUCGGACGGAAGAAAAGCACUGGUAGCUUGUCACCAGCUCAACAGCUUGCCUGUCUGAAAAAUGUCAGGGCCCCAUCACAGGAUACAAUGAUGAUGCGCAAGGAUGUCUAUUUUGAAGGGCUCGGUUGGCAGCUUACCCCAAUCUAUCGUCUUGAAAGCCUAACGACCGCCGAUCAUAUCAAAGGGCCAGCUUUGGUCAUUGAUAACACUCAAACCAUUGUGGUGACCCCAAAUGCGCAAGCAACGAUCCUAGAUAAUCACGUGGUGAUUGAUAUCGUUUCUUCAAGUUGGACCCCAGACAGUCAGGCAGUGGCUGCUGUUGAUCCUCUGCAAGUGCCAGUCUUUGGCCAACGGUUCAUGUCUAUAGCCACACAGAUGGACCGAUCAUUGCAAAUGGCAUGCGUCAAUCUCAAGCUGAAUGAACGCUUGCAUUUCUCAUGUGCUAUACUUUCUCAGGAUCGAAGACUGAUCGCCAGUGUGCCCCAGAACCCUUCUCUUCCGAGCACCAUUCAAUGUGCCAUGCCGUCACAACGUGAGGUCUGGAAGCACAAACUCCGGGACGGAGAUGUCCUUGUGCUUAGGCAAUCUGUCCGUGGGGACACUCAUCUUAUAGAAAUCACCGUGAUAACCCCUGUCUUCCACAAUGGACAUAUUGUAUAUUAUUGCACUUCGACAGGUGUCUUUGCUGGGUUGUCAACACCAGACCUGAGGGAGCUUCGGCAGGAAGACAGAGAGACUACACCAGUCAUUUUGGUGCGCGACGGCGUCAUUGAUGAAGAGAAUAUCCGGAAAAAUAUUUUAUUGCAGCUCACAGAGUUACCUGGGCGCAAUGAUUCACCCAAGCUGGCUGACCACCUGGCAAACAUUCAUGCCUUGAUUGGUGCAAACCAGAAAGGCAAGAAUUUGCUGAGGAAGAUCCUAGAGGAACACGACGUGAAAACAGUGAUGUCAUAUGUGAAAGCCAUGGAGUCAAGCGCCGAGGCCACGGCUCGCCAUCUGUUGAGAGACUUGCAUGUCACGCAUGAUGGCAGACUGCUGAUCACAAAUGACUUUAUCAAUGACGGUAUCCCAAUUUGUCUGGCAAUCACCAUCAACGGUCACACGGGAACAGCCGACUUUGAUUUCACUGGAACUGAGCCGCUGACUCUAUAUUCCAUUAAAGGUAGGACUGAUCUUCCUCCGGCUGUGGCCUACUCGGCCAUAAUGUACGCGUUGCACCGUUCGAUCGGGAAAGACAUCACCAUGAAUCAGGGGUUUCUUAACGCCAUCAACGUCAUUCUACCACCACAGCCUGUGCCCCCUCUAAGGCCUGACGAGAGCUGUGUCUCAUCCCAGCGCGUUAUUGAUUUGAUAUUGCACUGCUUUGACACUUGCGUGACGAGCCCGGGACGUGUCCACAGUUUGUCGCUGAGCGCUAGCAGCCGCCUAAGCUCUGAUGGCACGUGUAUCCCGGGCUAUGGCUACCAUGAGACCAUUGCAGGUGGCACCAGGGCUGGAUCUGAGUCCCAUGGGAUGGAUGUCAUGCAAGCAGGCAUGACGCAGACACGGGUCACUGACUGUGAGCUCUUGGAGCGACGGUACCCUUGUCUUGUCCGAGAGUUCAGCCUCCGGUAUGGCAGUGGUGGGAAGGGCAAGUUCCACGGAGGAGAUGGAUGCAUUAGAGACAUCGAGUUUCGAGAGCCAGUCUUGGUGAAGCUUCUGUCAGAUCGCCAACACCCGAUUCAGCAUGGUCUCCAGGGUGGCAAAAACGGCCAAGCAGGCGUCAACUUGUUCGUUAAGAAAGCCACUACCGACGGAGAAGAAGAUCAAGUCAUCGAUCUUGGUCCAAGGAGUACGAUCGAGGCGUGCAAAGGGGAUCGUGUUAUCAUCAAGACAUCUGGGGGUGGGGGGUGGGGAGACCCAUCUUCCGGCCGAGAUGGAGAGGACUACGGCAUGCCAUUGCGGCCAUCGUGCAAGUACGGUUCCUUUUCACCGAGACCAUCCACCGCCUUGUCAUCCACCGAUGGUCCGCUCAUAUACUCCAGCGUCAAAUCUCAUGGCGCAGACAACUCGACAUUACGCAGACACUCACAUUAA